CUCUUCUUCUCUGUCUCUAGAUUUGAAAUAAAAACGUUGAGAAUGGGUUUUCUUUCUUUGUCAGAAUGGGCUUAACGUUGAGAAUGUGGGUUGCAAGUCUGCUCCUCCUUACACAUCUUGUUCAUGGAGCUCUCGGUUGGGGAGACGAUGGUCAUUACGCUGUGUGCAAAAUAGCUCAGGCCUAUUUUGAGGAAGAAACUUUAGUUGCAGUAAAGAAACUUCUGCCUGCGUAUGCAGAUGGUGAACUAGCAGCUGUUUGCUCAUGGCCUGAUGAAAUCAAACGCCUGCCUCAGUGGAAGUGGACUUCAGCUUUGCAUUUUGCUGAUACACCUGAUUAUAAAUGCAACUAUGACUAUUCUCGGGACUGCCCUAAUGACUGGUGUGUGACAGGAGCUAUCUUCAAUUACACAAACCAACUGAUGUCAGCUUCUGAAGACUCACUGAGUAUUGUCAACUAUAACUUGACAGAAGCUCUCAUGUUCUUAUCACAUUAUAUGGGUGAUAUCCAUCAGCCCUUGCAUGAAGGUUUUCUUGGAGAUCUAGGUGGUAACAAAGUAAAAGUCAACUGGUACAGUCAAGAAACUAAUUUGCACCGUGUUUGGGAUGACAUGAUAAUUGAGUCUGCUCUAGAGAAAUAUUACAAUUCAAGCCUUUCAAUCAUGAUUCAUGCCCUUCAGGACAAACUAAAGUACGGCUGGUCAAGUGAUGUUUGGUCGUGGGGGUCAUGCCAACUUAACCAAACAGCCUGCCCAAAUCCAUAUGCUUCUGAAAGCAUUCAUCUUGCCUGCAAGUAUGCUUACAAGAACGCUACCGCAGGGACUACUUUAGGAGAUUACUACUUCCUCUCUCGGCUGCCCGUUGUAGAGAAGAGGAUUGUACAAGGCGGGAUUCGCUUGGCAGCGACUCUAAACCGAAUCUUUUCUGUUAAACCGAAGCUCGCUACAGCAUGAAACUAAGACAGAUUAGGCCCUAUUGUCUUUUGAUAAGCAUGCACGCCUACUGGCUCCUAGCCUCUCAUGUAAUGGUAGUAUUAAAGUUAUGUUAUUCGUGGCUACUGUUCUGAGUUUCAACUAUAAUAAUAAAAACCAACCUAAACUCUCAUGUAAUGAUAGUUAAGGUUAUGUUAUCC